GUUCUGGAGUACACGGUUGACAUAAUUUUUAACUACCAGCAUCUCGUGUUUUUUUAAAUAGUUGACGGAUCGGAAUUACCGUUCCAACUUGAAAGUCCAGUCCGCCGGAGCGAAAUGACACAGGAGCUUGGCAAAAAGAGGGGUGUUCUGGUGCUCCAGAAUGAGCCGUCGUACAGCGGUGGUCAGCGGCAGGCACUCACUGAGGAUGACGAGGCAUGGAGGACCUUCCUGGAGAACCCCCUGACGGCCGCCUCCAAGGCCAUGAUGAGCAUCAAUGGAGAUGAGGACAGUGCCAACGCUCUGGGCCUCCUCUACGACUACUACAAGGUGCCACGAGAUAGGAGAACGACUGGACAGCCCAAAACAGAAGAGCUCCUGGGCGAUGCUGAUCCAAACAAAAUAAAAUUCAUGGUGCCACUCCAAGACUCUCCCCUGAGGACCGUCCCUCGCAACACCGUGGUCCAGGGCAGCAGCCAACCCAGCCGGAUGGACAAGACCCGGGCUCUCUACCCAGCCUCAGACUCCAUAGUCUGCCUCUCCACCACCUCCAGCCCUCCCUCCUACUCCAUCAGCACAGGGCGGACCCUGGCCCCAUUGGGCCUCCCCCCUGGACCCCACAGUUCCCAGUCCGACGGAAUGGCCUUCAGUCGCCAGCUCAACCACAGCCAGUACAGCCCCAGAGCUAAGAGCCUCACCCCCAAUUCCACCUACACAGAGCCCUACAAGGACAGCUCCAAUGAGGUCUUCCCUCUCUCGGAGGAGCUCCAACAACGUAUGGCCUCCAUCCCUCCCGGUGGAUACCCUUACUACAGCUCGACAGCAAGUCAACACUUUGAGUACAUGCUGGAGGCUCCCCAGUCUAUCCGGCCCAAGAGCGGCAGUGGCCAGAUGAGUUACCUGAACAAGGGCCAGUUCUACCCUAUCACCCUGAGAGAGCUAGGGGCCCCCCCGGUCCCACCCCACCUCAAUGGAGAAUUCCGGAGUGUGGUGAUGCUGGUGUUUGGAGAGGAAAAGUUCACAGAUGACCAGCUCAAACACUGGAGAUACUGGCACAGCAGACAGCACACAGCCAAGCAGCGCUGCAUUGAUAUUGCUGACUACAAAGAGAGCUUCAAUACGAUCGCCAGUAUUGAGGAGAUCGCCUACAAUGCCAUCUCUUUCACAUGGGACACUAAGGACAAGCCACGGGUGUUUGUGUCAGUGAACUGUCUGAGUACAGACUUCUCCCCUCAAAAAGGAGUGAGGGGCCUUCCUCUCAACCUCCAGAUUGACACCUACAGCUGUGGUAACCAUGGUGAAAAGCUAGUGCACAGAGCCUACUGCCAGAUCAAGGUGUUCUGUGACAAAGGUGCCGAGAGGAAGAUCCGAGACGAGGAGAGGAAGCAGACUCAAAGGAAGGGAAGGGGACAGGAGACAACUGCAGCCUAUGUGGAAGACCCUCUGAAGCUGAAGCAUGUGGACAUAACAUUGUUCAAAGCCAUGAGUGAUAUGGACUCCCAGCCGGUCCUCUUUAUCCCUGAGGUCCACUUCCCCAGCACCCAGCGCCACCACGCAUGCCUAUCAGAUGACGGUGAGGAUGGCUUGGGGCAGAAGAGACUGCUCGACUAUGAUGAGGACUUUGACUCAGCCCCUCACAAGAGAGCCAGGAGGGAGGAGCCAGAGAAAGUGCUGCUCUACGUCCGUAAGGAGACAGAGGAGGUGUUUGAUGCUCUGAUGCUGAGGACGCCCACUAUGGCAGGACUACUGGAGGCUGUAAGUGAUAAAUAUGAGCUGCCACUUGGAAAAAUGGGGAAAGUCUACAAGAGGUGCAAAAAAGGGAUCCUAGUUCAUAUGGACGACAACAUCAUCAAGCAUUACUCCAACGAGGAUGCCUUCCACAUCCGCAUGGAGGAGGUGGGGGGGAAGGUCCUGCUGACACUGACCGAGAUCUGAGCUCCGAGCCUGGACAGGGGUGUAUACAUUAGGGCACGCAACGUUUAAAAACGUUUCGCAACGGAAAAUUAGAAUUUCUUAUUGGACCAGUCCAGGUUAUUGGACCUCCCUGUUUUAGUAUUUUUUCUUCUGUUUGGUGCCUAGUGAAUAUGAAUACGACCCUGGUCAGGGGGAGUGGAGUCUGUUGUUAGGGGCCUCCUGGGUGAGGCCCUUGGAGGUGGAACACUUGGAGGGGUAUGAGGAGGGGCCCAGAACAGUAGGAUUAGUCACCUGUUUACACAACUGUAACAUACUUCUACAAGUAAAAGUAGAUAUUUCUACAACUAAAAGUAGAUAUUUUCAUGAGUUCUGCCUUUCUGCUGCACCAGUGCCUACGAGGCCAUUUUCUGGUGUGGUUGGUUGCGCAACAUUGCUACCUCGCUCGCUGGCUGGCAAGAUUUUUGUUGUUGUAUUUUCACGUAAAAUGUGACUGAUUGAUUCACUGUAUCUAUGUUAAAAGUUGAAAUUAUGUUGAGGAACAUUUGGAAACAAUAUUGUGUAAUGGCCAAUGAUAUUUUCCUUCCUUAAAAUUAGACUUUUUGUACUACUACUUUACAGUAUAUGUAUCUGUGAACAAAUGAUUUUCCAGACGAGAUGUUGUUUAGAAUGUCAGUGUUCAUAUAAGUUCAUAUUAUGUAUUCUUUUCUAAGAUAUGCAGUGGUCAGUUUAAGAAAUGGACUUGUAAAACAUGAUGCGGUGAGCGGUUAGGGCUAUUUCUGUCUGAGUACUUACUUUUAUCAUUCUUUUUCAGAAUUCUUGGAGGUGAUAUGUUUUUUUUAUUUUUUAUGUUUACAUCAUGAAAAAAGUUAUAUAAUAAUGAAUUCAAUAAUAUAUGUAUUUAUAUUUACAUUUUGUGCCAAGUAUGGUGUGUGUAUCUGAAUCUAGAUAUAUAGGCGUCAGCACCAUAUUUUGUGAUGACAGAAUGUGAAUAUUUCUUUGCAACAGGAAAUUGGGGUGGGGGUCAGGAAGUGUGUGUUAGUGUUUCAAAACCUUGUCUUUCAUGCAAGAACUGAAAUCAGUCCUGUAAACAGAUGCUUACCUACAGUGGUUAUUAAAUUUGUUAAAGUCA